UCAUAGAAAUGGUUUAUGACAUUUUCCGUUUCGAAUUUGAAUUGAUAUUAAUCCGCGAGAAUUAAGAAAAUAUGUUUCGCAUAAAAAACUUUCUAUUUAAUAACGUAGUUUACUGUAGAUCAUACGCUUAUGACAAAUCAAAACUUUUUCCCUUGUUAACGGAAGUUAAACAAGAGCAAACCCCACCGCCUGUCAGGACUCAGUCUUACGAAGAUUUCUCCAAAAUUAGCGAAGAACGUUUAUUAGAACAAGCCCGGCAAGAAAAAGAGAGAGAAGCACACGUACGUUGUCGUAUAUUUAAGGAAUCUAUCAAGUUAAGCCAGUCAAUUGGACAAAUCGAACUGUCUAAUUAUGUGGGGAAGGAAUUGUUAAAGCAGCGAAACGAUACAAAUUGGGAGAAUUUCGAUUUUAAUUAUCCAACCGAAAACAGUGCGGUUCAUAUUAAAGAAGAAAAUUCGAGAAAUUCAAUCAAUACUUCCAUAAUUAACAGACCUUUUCGUCAAGACCCAGGCAAGGUUGUAGCGGGAUUCAUUCCCGAAGAAUGGCCGAGUUUUUUCAUACCAAAAACCGGCGUUACAGGAUUUUACACACUCCUGUUCGCUUUCGGCACUUUUCUGGUCAGCAAGGAAGUAUACGUGCUAGAUCACUACUUCUACCAUGGCCUCGCUUGGGUAGUCUUGGGCACAGCUUGUGUAAAAGUGUUUGGUCCGCCUCUGGCACAUCGCUUGGACCUUGAAAUAGAUAAAUACGAGCACGAGUGGAAUCAAAACAGAACGGAAACGACGAAUUACUUGGAGGAUCAAAUCGUUGAAGAGCUCUUCAAUCAGUAUCAAAUCGAAGGACAAAUCAUGCUCAUGGACGCCAAAAGGCAGAAUGUAGCGUUACAAAUCGAAGAAGAAUUCAGAAGGAGACAGAUGGUUGUCUACAACGAAGUAAAGAGGAGGCUGGAUUAUUACGUGGAGCUGGAAUUUGUGAUGCGAAGGAUCCAGCAGAAAAAUUUGGUAGAUUACGUUCAAAACGAAGUGAACAAGUCUGUCACCCCCGAUAUGCAUGACAAAUUAAUCUACUAUUCCAUCGACAGGAUCCUCGAGGAGUUAGAACGAAGUAAACUGUAGUUAAAUCUACAGGGUGUUUCCUAAUAAGAUGCUGAACCUUAAUGGCGAUUGCUUGGAUGAUUUAAAAAAAAGUAUUUAUUUUCUCCCCAUUUUCACUGAAACUGCUUUCAAUAUUUCGUCGAUUGUUUGAUGAGUAGAAAUAUAUAUUUUUUAAUACCAUUUUUUCUACUUUCAUGCGUAAGGAAGGAUGCACUCCUGAUUUUUCAAAAAAUAUAACCCAAAAUAUCAAAACAAAAAAAUCAGAGUAUAUCUGAAAACUAAAUGAAAAUUUUAACACGAAAUCUGGAGAAAAAAGUUUUGCAAUUUAUUUUUGAAAAUAGCAGUGGCGUAUCAUUUUUCUAGAUAAAAAUAAGCAAGUUAAAGUCGAUAAAUCGUUUUUACUGAGAAACGAUCAGCAAUUUAAAAAAUGUAAUUUAUUUUUGAAAAAAGCAGUGGCGAAUCCAUUUUUGUCGAUUAAAAGUCGGCGUCGCUUAUAUUAAUUUAAUUCUUCGACGACACAAAGUAGAGGGGUUAUUUUUAUUUUAAAAUUUAUUUGUUAAAAAGCAGUGGCGUAUCAUUUUUUUUUAAUAAAAACUGCCAAAAAAAGGUUAACAGAGCAAUUUUACUCAGAGAUAAAUCGUGAUUUUAAAAAUACAUUUUUUUAGGAACAAGCAGCUGUCUAUUAUUAUUUUUGGAUAAAAAUAUCCAUAUCUUUAUUCCGACGCCGACGACGAAAAGUAAAAAAAA